UCAGACUGCAAUUCAACUGAACGCGUGUGGGACCAUAUCCAUACACAUAUUUACUCUCGAAUCCAUCAGCCUCAAAAUUACGAGAAGCUUGCAAUGCUUUUAGAGAAGAACGGCGAGUUAUGGAUGAAGAAUUUAUUCGUUUCCUAAUUUUGAGUAUGCCAAGGAGGGUGAAAGUUGUUCGUAGAGCAAGGGGGAGAUCGAUCAAGUACUGAUUGGAAAACUGUGACGAUGAAGCCGUUAGGAGUUCUUCUUGUGAUCAUCACAAUUAUUACCGUUGCAAAUUCAUAUAGGAGAAUAUCUUGCGAAGGAGACGUGUGUAGUGUUUGUAGAGAAAGUGGCUGUCAACUAUCUUGCACUGGCGAUGACUGUGAGAGUUGUCCUAGUGGGGGCUGUUGCAACGGAAUAAAUUGCAACAUCUGCGUUAACUCGUCCUGUUGUCAAACGCAGAAAUGCAACUAUUGUGUAAGAAAAUGUAACAGAAGAUGCCCGGUUAACAGGAUUAAAAGCAACUCAUACUGCAACGAUAAAUGCCAAAAGGCUUGUGUGAAUUAUUUUGGGAAACAAUCGUCACAAGGUGCAUACAAUGUAACAACCGUCAUUAGACUGUUUAAUUAUUUGAAUAACACAAACAUUGUGGAAACUCCAGUGAACGUUACCGUUAUUAACAAGAAUAACUUUACCAUUCACUCCGAUGAUCUCGCUAAUUCGUUUAACAGCAAUUUUGGUGGAAACCUGUUUGGCAAUCAAACUCAGUCAAAAUGCUGUUAUAUAGUACAUCCAGAAGUCUGUCCCGAAUCUCCAAAUAUAUGUUUCAGAAGAAAACACGCUGAAUGCUCAUAUCUGUGCACUUCUGAUCACAUUCUUAUUAGAGAGGAUCUUACAGCCAAUAAUACUUGUAUACCCAUUAAUGUUUAUCCAAAUUACUAUUGUGGACAAUAUAUAACAGAAGAUUGCAAAGGUUGCUACGUUUGCGACAAUGGUAACUGUUUAGAAUCACCAUUGUGUAGUGCAAGUUGUAAACAAUCAAUUUUGCCUGAAGAAUAUUACAAUAUCCCAUAUCAGAAGAAUGUAUAAAUAAAACUUUUGAGAAUAUUUGUCUGAUCUGUUUAGGUAAAGUUUAAAUAAAUGUACGAGCAUUAAAUGUGUG